AUGGAGAAAGAUACAUGUAGCGCCGGUAUCACGUGUGAUUCUGAUGACUCUGUUUCUGAAAUCGACCUCACCGACAUCGGAAUAUCUGGAGAAAUCCGUUUUGAUAUUGUUUGUUGGCUUCCUUCGCUCAUCCCGCUCUCACCGGGGUCUAAUGAGCUCUCUGAUGACAUCCCCGAUGCCCUUCACAGCUGCACCAGCCUCCGCCGGCUUGACCUCGCCUUCGGCUCUCUCAGAGGUGUAGUUCCCGAAAUGACCACUCUAGUCGAGCUUCAGAUCAACUUUACUAGUUAUUAUUUCACCGGUGCCUUCCCGUGGAGCUCCCUCGCCAGGCUGACUGAGUUGGAGGUACUCAGCGUCGGGGAUAACUCGUUCGAUCCUAAUCCUUUCCCUGAUGUGGUGCUGAAUUUGACCAAACUCAAUUGGCUCUACCUCUCUAAUUGUAACAUCCAUGGACAAAUUCCGCCGGCGAUAGGUAACCUGACAAAGCUCAUCAACAUCGAGAUAGCCGACCGCUUCCUCACUGGCGUGACUCCCCGAGAUCUCCAAGCUCUCCAAUCAGUGGCAACUCGAGCUUUACAACAAUUCGCUCAGCGGACAUAUCCCGAAUGGGUUCGGGAACCUCACAAAGUUGGCCUUAUUCGAUGCGUCGAUGAACAAUUUGGAGGGCAGCCUAUUGGAGAUCCGGAGCUUGACGAACCUCAUCUCUCUACAAUUGUUCAUUGGAAAGUUGCUGGCGAAGUUUGGAAGUGCAGGAAAGGGACCAUGAAGAGGCUUCUGAUGAUGGAGAACAAGUUCACCAGGGAGAUCGCCGCCGGUUAUGCUUAUUGCUCUUCUCUGCUUAGGUUCAGGAAAAUAACAUUGCGAAUAGGAAGAGAAUCCUUGAAGACAUCCUUCAUUCAGCAGAGAAUAGCACUGGAAACAGCAAGAGAAUCCCUCGAGGCACCCUUCGAAGAUAAACAUUAA